CAGAACGGGGACAACAUGGAGAACAGGAGCCGUCAGUGAACCAGAGUGUUGUUAUCAGAGUUAUUAACCCUGCAGCAGAAACAAUGACAACACACAGAGAAGCGCCUCUCUGGAAAACCACGGUGAUAGUCAGCACAUCUCUUCAGAACCAUGAUACAGUCAGGAUGCUGAUGGCACAGCAGCACAGAAUCAGAUCAUCUGGUAGCGUUGAGGCUGGAGCCUUUAUUUUUCCUCUGUCAGGUACUGCGUUUCUGUUGGUGGAUCCCCAAGAGCUACCAGUCCACUUUGAGGAGUCAGGAGUCAUUGAGAAGAUAAAAAAGUUUAUGCAAGUACACCGCAACAGCUUUCUACUUCUAUACACGCCCUUUACUGGGAAAAAGGAACUGGAGAUCUUGUCAGAGAUUCAGUGCAGAUUCUUUGGCAGCAAUCUCAGGAUUCUGCCCGUCAGAAACAAUGCUGAGGUCGUUGAAGGAAUGUUGACAAUCGCCAAGGCUACCAGUAAGCCCAAUGUAGACAACAUCUGUGAACGCUUGUCGCAGGCUCAGACUCACAUCGUCGACAGCAGUCCUGUGUGGCAGAUGCUUAGAGACAAACUGAAGCUCAGCAGAUGAUUGUUCUCACAAACCCUGGUGUUGUUUUAUGCUAACCACUACAAAAUGUAUAUCAUAACAAAAACAAAAGUAAAAGCUCUGUUUUCACACUUUUGGCAUGAAAUACAUCACACUUUAUUUAAUGCAUGUAUUUUACUGUUAACAAAAAUAAAUGAAAACACAGUCAAGAAAAAAUAACCCAGUGAUCUCAUCUUGGUUUAGUUUGGAAUCUUUAGCUUUUCCUCUGCGAUCUCUUCAAUGCGGAAAAUAAGACUCUCCAUCAGGUCAAAGGUCACCAAAGCGCUCUGCAACACCUGUGACACAUGAGAACAGUCAGCUUGUCUGCAGAGGCCAGAAUCAAAAAGGAUGAUUGACAGGACAGAAUGUUUCUGGACCUGAUGCUUGACCUCGGGGGACAUAUUGGACACAUCCUGAUGUUUCACUGUGAUGCGUUUGACUAAUGUGCUGGAUCUGGCAGAUUCUCUGGCUUCUGGAGGAGGACAAAAGAAAGACUUCACCAUUUGAAAAAAGUUUGUAGUGGUUCCACUAGUGCGUCAGCAGCAGCUUGUGCAGGGUUGCAUCAGUUUCGUUUUGUCCCAGACAAAACAGUGGUUCUCAACCCUUAGUCAUGUGAAUGCAAUAUGUCAGGAACCCCUGAAGGGACUGAAUGUUAGUAAUGCAUUUAGAUAAUGAUGCUUUUCUGAAGUUCCUGUCCCUCACUAUAUUCAGCUCAGCAGACAGGUUGUGUCGAUGCUGGCACAGCACAUUGAGCACUGAGCACAUAAUGCAGCUCCCAACUGGUCAGAUUUGGAAUCUGAGAUGUGUUUCUCUGCACCUUAGUCUGCUGCCGCAAUAUUCCUUACCUUGUUACUAGAUUUUUUUAUAUUUAUUUUCUAAACUGCAAUUACAUUUUAUUUGAGCAUUUUGUAUAACGUUUUUCCACGCUCACUAUCUCUGUAUGUUUAUAGACCAAAAACACUUUUCAAACUCUUCCACAGGUUGAGAAUGACUUGAUUAACAGAUAAUGCUUACCUUUGACUUUUAGCUUUAGAUCCUCCCUCAGUGCCUUAAGUUGAGCAGAAUAAUAUGCUCUCGACAUGCUGAUACACACACGCAGCAUUUUCAGGUAUUCAUCUUUGAUUCUAACCAGCUCCUCCCAUACAUCUGUCUGAGGGAAAAGGAGCAGAUCAGUGGAACAUCAGCUCUCUGUGUUAACCAGGUGGGCUUGACAGAAGAGUAGGGUAAGCUUUAAUUGACACUGACUUACUUGGCUCCACACUUCUUUGUCUUUGAUGAGGAGAAAGCGUAGAAGAUUUAAACUUUCCAUUAUCCUGGACAAAAAAUACAAGCUAUUGUUUAAUGGCUCAGUCUGAAUAAUAUGUCCCAGUUUUCUCAUUUACAGACAAAACCAAAUUUUGAUAAAGUUGAAUUUGGACUGCAAGUAAGAGGGCUGUAGCUGAGUAAAGAUCCAGAUCAUUUUGUUCAUCAUCUAAAUGUGCUGUAAUUUGGCUCUUUCAUUUAAACUGUAGAUGCAUUUUUAUAUUUUUUAACAAACAUCAUCCCCUGAUGCCUCUGGGCACAUGAUAAAAGAUGUUUCCUUGGGCGUGUCUGGUUUUUCAACAUUAGAAACCCUCACCCAGGCAAUCCAGCUGGGGUUUUUGUACAUAGGUCAAAGCAUUAAACAGAUGUAUAUAUCUACAGUUGUGUAUAUAUAUAUAUAUGGUUUGUGAUUUUUACCAAAUAUAAGCCACUGUGUGUGUGAUUUGAAAAGUUUAGACUGUCACUAAGGGAUUUCGCCCAGUCUGGUUAGAAUUUGUGAGGUAACAUAUUUGUCAUCUGGUGUCGACUCAGAGUUAGAAAUGCCUGUCACACUAUGUAACAUUUUCUGAGCAGCAGCCCCCCCUGCAGCUACAUGUGGUAAUUAAUUCAGUCCGUCUCCAAGCGAUGCGUUUUUCACGUAGAGAGUGUGUUGAGGGGCACUCUGACUAAACCACUGACUGAAGUGACUCCCUCACUGAACUGAAACACAACUGAAUGGUGGACAUCACCUAUGAUCAUCAGCUUCCUGAACCAGAAGACCUGCUGCUGUAACAAAUCCACCUAACUCUGUAUAGAUUUCUCUUCAUAUUUUUGCAACAUUUCACGGCUGAAUAUUCAUAUAAACGCUGGUUUUCUAACUAAUCUAGAGUUCAGUUCAUAUUAAUUGAAGAACAUUAUGAUUUAAUCUCACAAAAGUUGUAUUACAGGUUUGGGAAUGGAAGAUGAAAUACUCUCCUUAUUCUAAGUUUGUGGACCAUCAAAAUAUAAAUUUGAAGCUGCUAAAGUAAAAAAAAAGUGGCCCAGUUUUGAUUUGAUAUCAAAUU